CCGCACCGCCCCUGCCGCACCGCACCGCCCCUGCCGCUCCAGCUGUUCCCACCGCUGUCCGCCUGCUGUCUCCCCGCUGCUCGCUGCUGCUGCUGCCUGCCCCCAUUUCCAAUGCAGCAACGACCAUGACAGGCAUCGCCGCUGCUUCUUUCUUCUCCAACGCUUGCAGGUUCGGGGGCUGCGGACUUCACUUCGACUCGCUGGCCGAGCUCAUCGUGCACAUCGAGGAUAACCACAUCGACACAGACCCCCGGCUUCUGGAGAAGCAGGAGCAGCAGCAGCCGACAUAUGUUGCCCUCAGCUACAUCAACAGGUUCAUGACAGAUGCUGCGCGGCGAGAAAAUGAGACUCUGAAGAAGAAGGUGCAGCCCAAGUUGUCUUUGUCUCUGACAGGCAGUCUGUCCCGCAGCAGUGUUUCCACUCCGCCUCGCCACACCAGUGGAAACCUCACCCCUCCAGUCACCCCACCCAUCACCCCUUCCUCUUCCUUCCGCAGCAGUACGCCUACAGGUAGUGAAUGUGAUGAGGAGGAGGUAGACUUUGAGGAGUCUGACAGUGAUGAGUCGUGGACCACAGAGAGCGCCAUCAGCUCCGAGUCCAUCCUCAGUUCUAUGUGCAUGAACGGAGGAGACGAGAAGCCUUUCGCUUGCCCCGUGCCAGGCUGUAAAAAGAGAUACAAGAAUGUGAACGGGAUCAAGUAUCAUGCCAAGAACGGCCACCGAACCCAGAUUAGGGUGCGCAAACCCUUCAAGUGCCGGUGUGGGAAGAGCUACAAAACGUCUCAGGGUCUCCGCCACCACACCAUCAACUUUCACCCACCCAUCUCUACUGACAUCAUCCGCAAGAUGCAGCAGUAGAGACCGAGUGAGCGACCAGCACUCUCCCUCAGGCCACAUCCCCAACCAUCUGAACACCACCAUCACCAGCAUUGGCUUUUUCUCAUUCCCCCC